CCGCGCACGUGCCCGCCCGCGCCACUUCCGACGCGGCGCUCGGUCAGGUUCCGGGGCGCCGCCGAGCUCGGCGGAAGGCCGCGCUGGGCGGCCGGGAUGGAGGAGGCCGGAGCGGCGGUGGCCGCGGCCGGAGAGGCCGAGCUGAACUGGUCCCGGCUCAGCGUGACCACCGAGACGCUGGAGUCCGAGCUGGAGGCGCGCUGCGAGGAGCGGCGCGGCUCGCGGGAGGCGCUGCUGCGGCUCCUGCUGCCCCACAACCGUCUGGUGUCGCUGCCGCGGGCGCUGGGCAGCGGCUUCCCGCACCUCCAGCUGCUGGACGUGAGCGGCAACGCGCUCACCGCGCUGGGACCUGAGCUGCUCGCGCUGAGCGGCCUGCGCACGCUGCUGGCCAGGAACAACCGGCUUGGCGGGCCGGGCGCGCUGCCCAAAGGCCUGCACCAGUCGCCGCUCAGCCGCAGUCUCCAGGUACUCAACCUCAGCGGCAACUGCUUCCAGGAAGUGCCCGCCUCGCUGCUGGGGCUGCGAGCGCUGCAGACCCUCAGCCUAGGCGGCAACCAGCUGCAGAGCAUCCCGGCCGAGAUCGAGAACUUGCAGAGUUUAGAGUGUUUAUACCUUGGAGGAAACUUCAUCAAAGAAAUCCCACCAGAAUUAGCAAAUCUGCCAUCUCUGAAUUACUUGGUGUUAUGUGACAACAAGAUCCAAAGUGUGCCUCCUCAACUUUCACAGUUGCAUUCACUUCGUUCUCUUAGUCUUCACAAUAACUUGCUGACAUACCUGCCCCGAGAGAUCCUCAACCUGAUUCAUUUGGAAGAGCUGAGCUUACGAGGAAAUCCAUUGGUUGUUCGUUUUGUUAGAGAUUUAACCUAUAACCCUCCAACUCUCUUGGAAUUAGCUGCAUGGACCAUUAAGAUGCGAAAUAUUUCCUACACUCCAUAUGAUCUUCCUGGGAAUCUUCUUAAGUACUUGAGUUCAGCCAGCAAUUGCCCAAACCCAAAGUGUGGCGGAGUAUACUUCGACUGUUGUGUCAGACAAAUUAAAUUUGUGGACUUCUGUGGGAAGUACCGCCUCCCGCUGAUGCACUACUUGUGUUCGCCAGAGUGCUCUUCUCCCUGCAGCUCUGCCUCUCACAGCUCCACAUCCCAGAGCGAGUCCGACUCAGAGGACGAGGCUGGUGUUGCUGCACACAGGAUGCAGAAAGUUCUUCUUGGCUGAGCAGAAGUGC